AUGUCUAGCCUACUUACUAAUACGGCAGCGACAGCACCGGAAACAGAACCAACAGUAGAGCCAACAGUGGAGCCGACUUCGACCGGGCCCGAGAGUACCGGUAUUCUACCCCCUUCGCAUUGGGCCCAGGUACAGCACGAUGACACCGACGAUGGGGAUUCUGCUUUCGAAGACGAUAACGCUAGCUCGACUGCAUCGUUAAGUGCUAGUAUUCUUGAGUAUCGAGUGAUACAUGGCCGCACAUACCAUAGCGAACGUGGCAACGCACAGUCUUGGAACCCAAACGAUGCCCUACACGACGAAUCCAUGGAAAUCCUCCACCAUGUUUCGACCUUGAUGCAGGACGGAAAACUUCUCUUAGCUCCGAUUCGUGAUGACGUUCAAAAAGUAUUGGAUGUGGCUACAGGUGUUGGGAUGUGGGCAAUCGACUUUGCCGACGAUUACCCCGGUGCUGAGGUGAUCGGUGUCGACAUCUCGCCUCAAAAGCCGCAAUGGAUCCCACCCAACCUAAGAUUUGAGGUCGAGGACGUAACGCUACCAUGGACCUACCAGCCCAAUAGCUUCGACUACAUUCACUUACGCUGGCUUACUGGAUGCGUUGAGGAUUGGAAUGGCUUCUAUCGGGAAAUAUACAAGGCGUUAAAGCCUGGCGGUUACUUCGAACACAAAGAAUCUACCUGUCUCAUGGUCAGCGACGACGGCACGGUUACAGAAAAUUCUGCUCUAAGCCAAUGGGGCAGGGUAUUCACUGAGGCUGGGAGGAAGCUUGGUCGUACUUUCAGUGUCGUUGAAGAUGGUCUGCAGGUCAAGGGCAUGAAAGAAGCUGGUUUCGAAAUCGUCCUUGAGAAGGAUCUGAAAACUCCUAUAGGGCCGUGGCCAGAGGACGAGAACCAGAAACUCAUUGGACAAUUUUCGAGACUGGCCCUCGAUAGAGAUAUUGAAGGAUAUCUGAAUUAUAUAUGGACUAAAGUCAUGGGAUGGUCGACAGAAGAGAUUGCUGUAUACGCUGCGCACCUACGGCGUGAGUUGAGAUCGCCAAACAUACACGCCUAUUAUGCCCAAAAAGUAGUAGUUGCCCGUAAGCCCGAAAAGUCUUGA